CUAACACAAAGUGUUUUAAUACAAUUCGAGUUUAAUAUCAGUAAAUAAUGAAAUUAUUUGCAGUAUUUUCUGCGCUAUUCAUCGCCGCAAAUGCGGUCCCAUUUAUACGGCAAUUGGAUGAACCGUUUGCCGGCAAAACAUGGGUUGUGUUGGCCGCCAGUGCUAACGGUUGGGGUAAUUACGGAAUGCAGGCGGACGUAUACCACGCGUAUCAAGUGAUCAAAGCUCAUGGAAUACCUGACGAAAAUAUAAUUGUCAUGCAUUACGACGAUUUGGCUAAGAAUGAGCGAAACCCAACCCCCGGUGUGAUUGUUAACCGCAAAGGGGGUCCGGAUGUUUAUAAAGGGGUUCCCAAAGACUACACUGGAAAAGAUGUCACACCACAGAAUUUUCUCGCAAUUCUCCGGGGCGACGAAAAGUUGGCCAAAGCGGGCAAAAAAGUAGUCAAAAGUGGUCCAAAUGACCGCAUAUUUGUCUAUUUAGAUGAUCAUGGUUCGGAGGGAUACGUUGUGUUCCCUAAUGAUAAACUCAUGGCCCAAGAUUUAACUGAUACACUGGUGGCUAUGCAUAAGGAUAACAAAUAUAAGGAACUAGUAUUUUAUUUAGCCGCUUGUUACGCAGGGUCCAUGUUUGAUAAAAUAUUACCCAACAACAUUAAUGCCUACGCUAUGUCGGCCACAUUACCGGAUGAACUUGCGGUACAGUUUGCCGUGGCCUGGCUCAACGAUAGUGAACAUCAUGAUUUGACCAAGGAGACUAUCAAGACACAGUACGAUUACAUCGCACACGCUUUUACUGAUCAGCAUGCUCAACAAUAUGGUGACUUAUCCAUAAACGCUGAGCAUUUGUCUACUUAUAUGGGUGAGAAACAGGUGCCGAGUGUUGGCCAGUAUUCACAACCGGCCAAUUCUGUGCCCAUACCGGACGCACCCAUAUAUUUAGCUCAACUAUUGUUAAGAAAUCGGGAAUUAAUGGACAAACAGAUCGAGGAAUACGUGAAUUCAUUGUCAGGAAUUGAGGCCAAUGUUGUGCUCAAUAGUAAACUACAGAUCAAUAAUAAAGAGUGUUAUCACAAACUUGUGGACACUUUUCACGACAAAUGCUAUAAUUUAGGACAAAAUUCGUAUGCAAUCCAGAAAAUGAAAGUUUUGGGUAAUAUUUGCCACUCGAGUGAUGCGGACGUCAAUACUUUCAACCAAUUGUUGACCAAAUACUGCGAUACUAUUGUCAAACCAAACGCCAAUAUUAUAUAA